CUGUUUUAUGUAUGUCGGCGAAUGUAAAGAGAUGAAAUUGUAGCUUAGCUACCGUUGGACUCACUCCAAUUACAAGCUUUAUUAGAUCAUUGGAGUUCGAGUAGAUCCUCCACGUGGUCCAAUCCCUCGGAUAUUAUUAUACAUACAUUACACACGCAGAUGGGUGUGUCGUGUGUGUGUAUUGUAUAUUUGGAUCUCACGUUUUUCUUGUCGAUGGAAUUUGCUCAGAUCCCCCUCUUCUAAAUCGUUUACUACUUGGAUAUAAUAAGCUGAUUGAUUAGGCACCUCCGAUCAAUACGGUUGUUGAUUUUGGAAAAUGGACAAGUAUGAUGUUGUCAAGGAUCUGGGUUCUGGUAAUUUCGGUGUGGCUCGGCUUCUCAGACACAAGGACACCAAAGAGCUUGUUGCCAUGAAAUACAUCGAGAGAGGCCGCAAGAUAGAUGAGAACGUGGCGAGAGAGAUUAUCAAUCACAGAUCACUUAAGCAUCCCAAUAUCAUCCGCUUCAAGGAGGUGAUUCUGACUCCUACUCAUCUUGCUAUUGUGAUGGAGUAUGCUUCUGGAGGAGAGCUCUUUGAUCGAAUCUGCACUGCUGGUAGAUUCAGUGAAGCUGAGGCUAGGUACUUCUUUCAACAGCUGAUUUGUGGUGUAGACUACUGCCAUUCCUUGCAAAUAUGCCAUAGAGAUUUGAAGCUUGAGAACACAUUGCUUGAUGGGAGCCCUGCUCCGCUUUUGAAAAUCUGUGACUUUGGUUACUCUAAGUCAUCUAUAUUACAUUCAAGGCCUAAAUCGACUGUGGGAACUCCAGCAUACAUAGCACCUGAAGUUCUUUCACGAAGAGAAUAUGAUGGCAAGCACGCGGAUGUGUGGUCAUGUGGAGUAACCCUUUACGUCAUGUUGGUUGGAGCUUACCCGUUUGAGGACCCUAACGAUCCAAAAAACUUCAGGAAAACAAUCCAACGCAUAAUGGCUGUACAAUACAAGAUCCCGGACUAUGUUCACAUAUCUCAGGAAUGCAAACACCUUCUCUCUCGCAUAUUCGUCACUAACUCUGCUAAGAGAAUCACGCUUAAGGAGAUCAAGAAUCAUCCAUGGUACUUGAAGAAUUUGCCAAAGGAGCUGCUGGAGUCGGCUCAAGCAGCGUAUUACAAGAGAGACACGAGCUUCUCUCUUCAAAGCGUAGAGGACAUAAUGAAGAUAGUUGGAGAAGCAAGGAAUCCAGCUCCACCUUCUGUCAAAAGCUCGGGCUCAGGAGCUGAUGAAGAAGAUGAAGAGGAAGAGGAUGUUGAAGCUGAAGUGGAAGAAGAAGAAGAAGAAGAUGAUGAAGAAGACGAGUAUGAGAAGCAUGUCAAAGAGGCACAGUCUUGUCAAGAGUCUGACAAAGCUUAAGAAGAAAUAAACUGAUCUGUUUCUCAUACUUAUUUUCUUCCUUAAGAACACUAUUUGGUGCGUUGGUGACUUGCUUCUGGUAAAAAAAGACAUAUUUCUGAAAGCCGAAGGCUGUAAGCUACGUGCAGGUUCACUUUUAGAUUUGAUGUCGUUGUCGUUUUGUCAAUUGUUGUUCGUAAGAAAAUGAAUCAUACAAAUCGUUUCGUUAUAUUUAUGAAUCAUACAAAGGUAAUCUU